CACAAACUUCGUAAACAGUCCUACGGCUGCUAUGAUCGUGAUAAGACGCACAGGUUACUUUUACCCACGCGGUUGGCAGCUAGGCAUCCCACGAACUUGGUAGUGAAGCUAAAUUCGCCUUUAUUCGUCUCUGGCUAUAACGUCGAGUGUCGUUUGAAACCUCCCUCAGUAGUAUGAGCGUUGAAGUUCUGUUACCUUCUCCAAGAGUAAAUAUGUUGGAUACCGGGACGCUCAAUGCCAUGGAGGGCCUGGCCCUCCCGAAGGUUUGUGGACCCCACAGGGGCAUUCGUCGGCCAUCGGGCACCAACGAGAGCGAGAGCGACUCUCCUCCGAGCAAGAAAAGUAAGAAGGCCCGUCGCAGGAGGAAGCGGCCUCGUCAACGUUUGAUCGGGAAAGGUCUCCAGAUGAAACCAGUGGCACCCUUCAAUACGACUCAGUUCUUGAUGGCCGAGCACGACCAGCUGCAGGAUACGGACAUCGUCGUUCGCCCUCGCAGACACCGCGACUCCUCCUUCAGCGUAGAAUCAGAUGAUCAGAAUAAUUUCUACUCUUCACCCGAGGACGAGGACGAAUUCAUGGCCAGGGAGUUUUGGAACGCUUACGAGGACGUCCAUGCAGAGAGGUUGGAUACCAUGACGAAGGCCCAGUUGGUGCAGGAGUACCUGGCCCUCGAAGAAAAGGUCGAUCUGCUGGAGAGACAGUUACGGGCAGUAAGAGCUCGCCAUCGAUACCGCAGUCAGCGAAUGGAAGACGACGACGACGACGAUGACGACGAGGUACGGCCAGGAGAGGUCAAGGUUGACCCUGAGACUGCUCAGAAGAUCUCAAUCUUCCAGCGAGAGAUCAGUAAUUUAGAAGUAGAGAACCGAAGACUCCGCGAGGAGAACCUUACCCUUCGACGCACAUCGUCUGCCAGAUCAUCAUCGUCAUCCUCGUCCUCGGACUCGAGCAGCGACUCGAGCAGUAGUAGCAGCAGUGACUCGAGCAGUGAUAGUGAAGCAGACGGUGAUGCCGAGGCCGAGGAUAACAGAACUCAAAAGUCAUCGUCACCAUCCCGGGUGAACUUGGAUGACGGAGAGGCCGUCGUAAGUGCCAGUGAUAAAGUGGAGUGCCAACCUGACAGUCAUUUGUGCCAGGAGGAGGACGUGGAGUCGGGUGAAGAAGAACCCGCAGAAGCAACGCCUGUCGUCGUGAUACCUGAAAGGUCUGUUGAUGGUGACGGCCCCUCCCCCGUCACUCAGCCGGACCCGCCCACUUCCUCCUCUGCCACCACCGCUCCAGUGGAAGGGGGCGAGGGGAGAAAGGACGGGAAGGAGUCUCCACCGUCUGCAGUCGCCAAGGGCGUCGUCGUCGUAGAGGAAGAAGUCAGCAGUACGACUGCGGCGUAGCUGAAUUCAUAAUGGAAGAUUUAAUGAAAAGAUUUAGCUGUGGCGUAUCUGUGAUCUGGUAACACAAACUCUGAGAGUGUCAUACUAUCACUCCAGCUUCGAGUAAAGGAAGAAGUCGCGUUAAUAAGAAGGUAGGCCUGGGCGUCCUGCAGAGGUACACACACUUUUCAUUAAACAAUAGUAGGUUUUGUUUUUAAAUGCUCAUUGUGUGAGUGAACUUGCAAAGAGUAUUAGCAAGAAGGUAAACGUGAGCCUGAAAGGGUAUAUCUAUAUAUAUUAAUUUGGUGCAUGUGUUGUUGAUUCGAACAAUUAGAUCUACGGUAGGCUAUCCUUCGUGUUGCAUUGCAUUGCAGUCUUGAGAAUGGCGAUUGCGUUGUCACGUGACCUCUUGAAAUUUAAUUUGGACGCUUCAGGUGUGUGUGUAUUAAGACGUACAUUGUAUAAGGAAAAGUAUUUGAAACUAUAUACCUUGAUCUCUUUAUAUGUUAGGAGGAUCUAUAUUUUUUGUCUCGAUGUAGAUUUUUGUGUUUUUUUCACUUUAGACGAAGUAGGCCUUGGUGCCAAUUUUCCUUUCUGAUUAAUGUAACAUGAGAUGUAAGAAAUACCAGAAUGCUAGUUUCUCGAUAUGACUAUGUCCGCCCAGUAAGUAAAUAGUAGACCCCUGUAACAUGAGCUGGUGGAUUACAAUAAGUCUUACAUCCAGUAUGUACUCCGUCACAAGUUCUCAUUUUCACUCACGAUCCACACUUGAUUGGAUUUUAUUGCAGCCCCUAGAAAAUAUUUGUUUUUCAGUGCUCAAACAGCAUAAUUUUGAUAAAUACGCGGACAUAUCUUGAAGCUAGUCAUGCCACUUUCCUGUAGAAAUUGUCACGGCUAUUUAAUAGUUCAGACGAUAAGGUGACAUUUUCAAGGAGAGAAGGCUGCGUUUUAUGAAAAGGAAAGAUUUUAAAUGUCAGCUAAGCAGGGCUUUUUCCUCUCCGGGUUUUUUUUUUUUUAUUAUGUAUAUAUUAAUUUUUUUUUUGUCUUGGGGCGUGCGUUUCCUUGGCUGUGACUUAAGCUUUGAGAAUUAGAGGGACAAGUUCAAAGUGAAUAGCGGAUGAUAACCACAUAUUUGGAUUUCAUUCUUUAUUGACGAAAAAGAAUAAAAUAAGCGGCUAUUUUUGUCUUGUCUGUUUAAUUAUCAUUGCUCGCAUUAUAUGCUUCAACGGUUUGCCCCAGUGACCCGUGAUAAAGUAUAUUACAGUAUAUAUAUAUAGAAUUAUAUGAAAGGUUUUAAAGAAAUAUAUAUAUAUAUAUAUCGAGGAUGUUCACUAAGGUUUUUUUAAAUAGAAUUUGAUCCCUAUAUGGUAAGUUCACAGAGGUCUAUUUUUCUUGGAUAUAAUUAUACCAUUUAAAAAUAAAAGUAAGAACGUGACAUGUAUGGGUCAAAUAUCUGUGGUGCAAAUUUUUUUCUUCAUGAGGACUCGUGUUAAGGUGAAAUCAAAGUCUCUCUGAGUUUAGAAAUAAAUAUGUCUUGUCAAACCAAAUAGUGUUCUUCCUGGUUUUAAGCAUUACACUUUAAUAUUUAAAGAAGUGACUGACAUGAAUUUUGUCAGUUUCGGUCACAGGGGGAACACUUUUGGUUCGAUUUCUAGUUUUUGACUAGUUUUCCCCGUAAAACCUUAACAUAUCCACAGUUAAGAAACGGACUUCAUUUCGGAUUUCUGAAAUGUGUCUUGAUAAGUGAGUCAGUUCUCCAGGGGACCUUUUAGUUUUUUAUAUCCCAAAGGUGACUUUUUAGUGUAGCCAUAGUUCGUUCUGCCCUGAAGGCUCAGCCAGCUUUGGUUGCAACGUUUUAUCUGCUUUGGGGAAUACAAAAAAGGAAAAGUUCCCCUUCAUUCAGUCAGGAGUACAAAGUUGUCGUGAUCUUUACAGUUAAAGAAGUUAUCUCCCUUGUUUAUUUUUUUAAGAACUUUGUUAAAAAUAAAAAAAAAUAAGACCUAAAAGUAAACAUUUAUGCAUCUCAAGUGGUUUACCGGAAUUGUUCUUAUGCAAAAAACGAAGUCUAUUGAAAGUAAUAAAGAUUUUUGGAUAUAUACACUGUGAUGUAUAUUUAAUUGUACCUGAGGUUGGUAGGGAGUUGGUGAUAAGCUGAUCUUUCCUUUUCAAUUUAUAUUUUUUUCUGUGCUUCCUGCGCGAAUAUAUAUUGUAAAAAGUAAUUUACAUAAAAUAAACUUACUUUUAU